AUGCUGGACAACAAGAAGCGGGCACGCUGGAAGCGAACAUUCACACCGGGUGGGGAAUCCAUUUGGACAUCAACGAUUGGGGAUGUUGCAUUCGCGAACACUGAAGAUAGGGAUGGUGACGUGAACAUCUUGACACUGGAAGAAAGGUUGGAUGGACCGGUGGAUUCCGAGGCUAACCUUCGACGCGCAUUGCUCAUGCGAAGUCUCUAUGUUGGCAAUCAGAGUGACAUAUCUGAGGACGAUCAGGUCGGGGAGUUCGUUCGCUUUGCGCAUGGUUUUUGUCAGCUAUCCCGGAUGAAGAAGAUGGAGUUCCAGCUGCAUCAGCUCCACCUGUGGACGCAGAGACUGUGGAUGCGGGUUGUGCCCGCAAUGAAACCUUCUGACGACCCGAGGGCGAAUGCAGAUGGAUUCAUGGUCAAAAGCCGUAUCUGUGCAUGUGGGAACUUCGAGGUUGAGGAUUGGACAUUGGGCGGUCUCGACGUCGAGGCGGCUUUUCUCAACGCGGAGAUUUCCGGAAACCGCGUGAUAAUUACUCCGCCGAAGAUAAUGAGAGACCUAGGAAUUAUUGCAGAAAACACUGUGUGGGUGGCGGAACGCAAUAUCUACGGACUUCGACGUGGACCGACAGAAUGGGAGCGAGAACGCGACCACAAGCUCAACCAUGCGGAACUGCCUCCGGGUGAUGGAGACAAACUUGGAGCACUGCAUUUGGUCCCUUUGAAUCUGGCAGCAGGAUUGUGGAAGAUCGUUGACGGCGCGGGCGUGACCAGAGGGGCAUGCUGUGCGUACGUUGACGACGGACUCAUUGUGGGUGGCAUUGAGGUGAUCAGACGGGACCCGGUUGUGAGUGAAACCCUGACUUUGAAGCUUGUUCAGUGCAUGCGAUUCCUCGGUGCAGAGAUUUCUGUGGCGAGCGAUGGAUUGCGUAUUGGACAGGCGAAAUAUGUAGCUCAAGAACUUCGCGCUCGAGGGUGGCUCGCGCUCAAAGGCGCAGAAUCUUUGCCGGUGCCAUCAGAGGGUCUUCAAGGGUCUGAUAUCCGCGACAAUGCGUUCGAAAACAACAUGAAGCUGGCUCAGAAGGAGGCUGGUACCUUGAUGUGGAUUGCACUUCGGUCUAGACCGGACAUUGCUGCUUGCUUAGGUGUUGCUUCAACUCUGAUUACAUCGAGGCCUUCCGAAAGCCUCCGUUUGUGCAAGGGGAUUUGGCGAUACUUGAGAAGCACCUGGAAUAAGACUUUGCACUAUCGCUACGGUGGUGGUCCUGUGAGUCCCGGGGGCAGUGAUGUUGCAGCAGAUGCGGAGUGGACUUUCCGCAUCGUCUCAGAUGCAUCCUUGGCGCCUGGUGGCGCACGGUCACGAAGCGGAAUGGCUCUGUUCUUAGGUGAUCAUCUGGUGUACUGGAGAUCGCAGCGGCAGUCAAUUGUGGCUUGGUCAGCGACUGAGUCCGAGAUCGAGGCUACCGCAGCAGCGAUUCAGGAAGGAAUCAAGAUACACGCAGGGCUUGAGGAGUUGCUUGCAUGUAAGAUUCACAUCAUUGCCAACGGCGACAAUGCUGGGGCGAUUCACUUGAUCACUCGGGAGCGCUUUCAUGAACAGACUAUGCGCACAAGACAUUUCGCGAUUCGUUGUGCAUACAUCAGGGAUUUGGUGUGGCUGCACAGCAUUGAGGUUCAGCAUCGUGGAACAACCGAGCUCAAAGCCGACGGACUUACUAAGGUCCUGGGAAAAGCGAAGCUGGCCGUGGCACGCACGCAGCUGCGGAUCACGUAA